AUGCGGGGCUCCCCCCCGGCGGCUGCGGGGCGGGAGGGCGGCGGCGCCCCAUGCGCACGGGGCUGCCGGGCGGCGGCUGACACCAUCGCCCCGCGCUCCCCCGGCGCCCCGCGCGGCUCCCCGGCCCCCAGCGCCCCGCGCUCCCCCGGCGCCCCGCGCGGCUCCCCGGCCCCCAGCGCCCCGCGCUCCCCCGGCGCCCCGCGCGCCUCCCCGGCCCCCAGCGCCCCGCGCUCCCCCGGCGCCCCGCGCGCCUCCCCGGCCCCCAGCGCCCCGCGCUCCCCCGGCGCCCCGCGCGCCUCCCCGGCCACCCCCGCGCCCCCCACUCGGGCCAGCAACGCCAGCCGCCCGGGGGGGUCGGCGGCCGCCUGGCUCCGGACCGCGCUGGCCCCCGGCGAGGUGAUCGCGGCGCCGAGCGGCGCCUUCGAGAGGGACCCGCAGGAAUCCAGCACCACGGACGAGGAGCUGAGCCGGGCGGGCAGCACCACGCCGGACUACGGCGAGAAGCGGCUGCCGCAAGCCCUGAUCGUCGGCGUGAAGAAGGGGGGCACCCGGGCGCUGCUGGAGGCCAUCCGGGCGCACCCCGACGUGCGCGCCGUGGGGGUCGAGCCCCACUUCUUCGACAGGAACUACGAGAAGGGGCUGGAGUGGUACAGGAAUGUGAUGCCCAAGACUCUGGAUGGACAAAUAACGAUGGAGAAGACACCGAGCUAUUUUGUGACCAACGAGGCCCCAAAGCGCAUUCACUCCAUGGCCAAGGACACCAAGCUGAUCGUGGUGGUGCGGAACCCCGUCACCAGGGCCAUCUCAGACUACACGCAGACGCUCUCCAAGAAACCUGAGAUCCCCACCUUCGAAGUACUCGCCUUCAAGAACCGGACCCUGGGACUGAUCGAUGCCUCCUGGAGCGCCAUCCGCAUUGGGAUCUAUGCGCUGCACCUGGAGAACUGGCUGCAGUAUUUCCCACUUUCCCAGAUCCUCUUUGUCAGCGGCGAGCGGCUGAUUAUUGACCCAGCUGGGGAAAUGGCCAAGGUCCAGGAUUUCUUAGGCCUCAAAAGGAUUGUGACAGAGAAGCAUUUUUAUUUCAAUAAAACCAAGGGGUUUCCUUGUUUGAAGAAGCCAGAGGACAGCAGCGCCCCCAGGUGCCUGGGCAAAUCCAAGGGUCGAACUCAUCCCAAAAUAGACCCAGAUGUUAUCCACAGACUGCGCAAGUUUUACAAACCAUUCAAUGUCAUGUUUUACCAAAUGACAGGUCAAGAUUUCCAGUGGGAACAGGAAGAAAGUGAUAAGUAAAGCCAAGAGAGCAGGGGAAAAGCUAUCUGCUAUCUAGAGGUGAAUCGUUGUCAGAGACACUAAACUCACACAGGGCUAAAGUCUCAGUCUUGUGACAAAGAGACUCUUGCAGCGUCAAGGUUAAAGUCAAGCUGAACAGCAUUUCUAGCUCUGAAACCUUCAUGUCACAGCGAGUACAGGUUGCAUUUGGGUCUGUUCCAAGCCCUCCCACUGUAUUGUAUUGCAAGAAUUGCUGGGGGAGGCUCCAGUGGGACAGGGGAGGCUACCUGUUUCUAGCACUUUGUUCCUGGUGCUUCCUGUCAGCGCCAGAUAGUCAGUGUUCAGUGAGUCCUACCCGCGGCCAACAAAGGAUGAGGGAAGCUUAUAGAAUCCCAAUAGCGACAAGGCAAGCCGACAGAUUCAAUUUCUUCUGCACUACUUUAGUUUUGCCUUGCUGGCAGUCAGGUGGUAUCAGAUCACACACACACACACAGCAAAGCUGCAAAGAAUCUAUUUACAGAUACUUUACUUGUAUACUAGUUACACCUUGCACUAGCUACCAUUUACCAAGUGCCACAGAUAUCCUGAGCCCGAGUCUUUUCUCACUUCUGAGUGUAACUCCAUUAACUGAAUAGAGUUGCUUGUGAUUUCCUCUGGUCUGCAGUGAGACAGAAUCCAGGCUUCCUCUCUAAGUCCUCAUAUGCUCCUUUAGAUGAUCACGCGCUAAAAACCACUGCCAUGCACUGGCACCUAAGAGCCAGCUGAGAGUGUUCUCAUGGGAUCCAUCCCAGAAAGCUUGGCCUGGACGCAUGGCAUAGUCGCCUAGCAGAAGGUGCAGUGUCCCACUCACAGCUCUUCCUGCAGGCAGGGAAUGAACUGGCAUUUCUCAGUCAUUCUGGAAGCCCCCUGCUUCCCCGCAGAGCAGAUGGCAGUUGAGGUUGUCAUUACAGGCGGCUUUUUAGUUCUUUGCAAGGUGGCCAUUAGCCCAGAAGGAGAAUCCUCUACUGAGUAAAACCUCAUCGCAGUAUCUAGAGUGGUGUGCAAAAUCCAGACACAGGCCAGACUUUCAAACACGCUGAGCAGCUGCAAAUGCCACUGGAGUCCCUGGGGCUGUGGGUGCCAACCCGUGGGGCUAUGGGUGCCAGCCGGUGGGGCUGUGGGUGCCAACCCGUGGGGCUGUGGGUGCCCAGCACUUCUGAAAAUCCAGACUCAGCUGGGUUUGCAAAACCAUGAAAUAGUCUUCAUCUUUGCUCCAAAAUCUGCAAGAGAAGAAAAGGUCAUUUCCACUGAGCGAGUGCUCACUACCCUGGAGAAAGCUUCAUUUCCAAGUGGAAAUGACAAAGGUUUAUGAUCAACCAAAUUGGCAAAUCCCGAUGGAAACUAUAAGAUAAGCACCCAUCACUCCUAGAAUCUCAGCAAAACCGAAGCGAGCUGCAGGCCUGGAUUAGCAAAGACAAGGUAGCGGCAGUUUGACACAGCUGCACUAUAUUCCAUGUCUGUUACGGAGAAAAACCCAGUAACAGUGGGCAUGAAAGGAAAACACUAUGUUACCUGUGAGGGAACAUUUCCUUCCUUGGGGUGAUUUCUUGCUGUCUGGGGCUUAUUCUCUUUUCUUUUCCUUUUAUUAACUGUUUAAAAAGAGCAGCAGUGGGGCCUGCUUUUGCAGGGGGAGGGAGGAAGGUGUUUUAUUUUUGUCAAGCCUCAGUGCUCCUUUGAGAUGUUGCGUUUGUUGCUGUUUCAAAGCAGCAAGUAAACGCAGCUUAUGCAUACCUGAGCAAGACCAAGGCUCGGUUUUGAUUAAGGUGGCAAGAAAUCCUUGUUGAUCCAACUAACCAAAGGAAAUGUCACUAAAACACUGUUAAGCAAGGUAAGAAGCUGAACCUGCUUUGGGUUUCAUGGCCUGUCAUGUGGUUCAUUACACAAUAAAGUGGGGCCAGUGCUUUGGAUUGUAUAAAAGGAGCUAAAUUCAUUUGUCAGUUUUCGACUGUGGGCCAGGUUUGGGGAGCAUCACAUUCGUUCCCGCUGAAGUAAAUGUCAGUUCAGAUUAGCCUGAUUAGGUUUUAAAACAGCGUCUGACAAAACGCUUUCUCACCGACCUGCAAACCCAGAAAUAUAUUGUACAAACAUUGGAAAUAUGUAGUAAGGGGGGACAUUCAGUUGUUUCAGAUGUUAUUAAAACGUCGUUUCUUCUGCAAAAUGAAAGCUGGGUUGUUAGACCAUUUGGUGCAAAAUGAUUCCUGGCUUCAGAGGAAGGGCAUUUUUUUUAAAUCUUCCCAGUUUCUAGGGUCCUGCUGACAUGGACACCCCAAGUCUUUUCUUAUUUCACAUGCCCUGCAAACCCGGAACUCGUUUUGGUCUCACUCCUGCCCGAUGCUGAGCCCCGCCUGGAAAUAAGCGGUUGCCCGUCCGCCCAGGGGAGAUGAUGGAACUGAGGGCACUCAGCACCUGGCAGGAUCAAGCCCUUUCAACUAAUCUUUGCAAAAGAGGAUUAAAAAGUUUAUUUUCCUGACCGUGGUUUCACUUGCAGUCAGAACAGUGGCACGUGAACCACAGCUGCUGCUGGGGCAGCCGGCCCAGCCCUUAGCAACAACCUGUGCCAGGGGGAGCUUUUCGUUCCCACACGAGACCCUACUGAGCUCAGAGGCCCCCAUAGGAAACCUCCCCCAGACCGCACCAAAAAUGUUCUUUGCGUAUUUCAAAAGCCAGAGUGUUGCACUGCUCCCUCGUCAGGGGCCACCGGGGAUCAGCCAGGGCAGCAGGGGCGGAGGAUUGCUUGUGGUCUUUGGCUGCUCUUUUCACAGGUCCAUUCCUGGAAGGAAAAGAGACUUGAGGAAAGACCCUGCCUGUGCGUGCUGACGCUGGAGUUCUGCGGAUUGGUGAAAGCUUUCAGCCGGUAGCUGGGCAGGAGAGGUAGCUGGAUCCAGUACAGUCACCCUCAGCCCGUUUGCUGUAUUCCCAGAGCAGCAACGAAAUGUUGACCCAGGAUUCAGACAGCAGCGUGUGGCCAUGGCAGGCUGCCUGCGCUUAAGUCUCCAUCCCUUCGCCACCCUCUGGAAGGAGCUUGCUUCACCCCAGCCAGCUCGCCCGCCCAGAGGCGAGCAAUGGAAACGGUUACAAAGCUGCGUGUUCUCGCAGUGGCUUGCUCUGGAGGCAGGUGCCAUUUGGCUGCGACAAUAGCACUGGACCUGUCUGCAUCCAGGGGAUGCUGCGCCACCGGGGCUUCUUUUUGCCAUAUUUGAAGAGGUUUAUUUUUUAUAUGGGUGACUUCCCUGCGCCCGAGGCACUGACUGACUCCAGCAAAGGGGAUGUGCUGCUCCUGCACUUUUCCAACGGCAUUGCUCGUCAGCAGGGCCUGUUCUGGGGCUAGCCCCUGGUGAGCGUUAACGGCCUGCUAAGAAGGCAAGGAGCCAGGAGAAACUCGGGUGCCGGGUGCCGGGGGAGGGUGGCUGUUCACUAGCAUCACACAGGAUGCUGUUGCUCUUGGGAAGGGCAGGCCUGGCACGUCCGGCCAUCAGGAGGCGGUGACAUGGCUUUGUCGGCUUGGGUGAGAUGGUGACUUUUGUCUCUGCGUGCCCGCAUGGUCAGUGACAAGUGUCUGCUUUUGUGAUGUGCUCAUGUGACCGAGGAGUUAUUUUCUCUCCAGCGAGAGAGGGAGCAACCUGCUAGGAGAGAGUUGGGUUAAUAACUUUUUUUUUUUUUACUAUUUAAAUGUCAGCAUUACGACACACGGGAGAUUGAAUUUUGUAUUUGAUUUCCAUUAGCAAAGCAUAAAUUAUAUUUAAUUUUGUACACAGAGACUGGAUGAUUCAUUGUUAUGGAAAAGCAGGUACUUAAUGGUUCAGAAAUGAAAAUGGACAAUUUGUCCUUUUGAAACCAAACUGCAGUGCUGUCAUCUCCUCCCAAACACACCUGUCUGUAUCAUUCUGUACCCGAACGAUAGGAACAUCUGCAAAUCUUGAACUUAAAACUUGAACCUAACAGCACUAAACAAUAAAACAUUGUAACAGCUGCA